AUGGAAUACAAGGAAGAGAUUAUAAAACCAGGUGAUAACAGCAGUCCACAGAGUGCUUACAUCAAAGAAGAGAAGGAGAUAAGCAUGGAUGAAGAAUGUGAUCUCUUUAUCAAGGAAGAAAUGAGCACAAUUGAGGAGAACUUUGCAGAAGGAAACAACAGAGAGGAAGAUGCACAGGAGAGUAUUGCAGGAGGAGGCAGCAGAGAGGAAGAUGCACAGGAGAGUAUUGCAGGAGGAGGCAGCAGAGAGGAAGAUGCACAGGAGAGCGUAGUGUAUGUUAAGGAAGAGAGUAGUAAUCCAAGUGAUGAAGACAAGGAAGAUCAGCGUUCAUUUUGCGGUGGGGAUCCUCUGGCAAUACGGAGGAGUAAAGACCCAAGUUCAGGACAAAGCAGAGGAAGAGUAAAAGUCAAGAAGAGCAUUAAUUGCAAAGAGUGUGGAAAGACAUUUCCUUGGAAGUCUGCUCUGUUGAUUCACAUGAGAGUGCAUACCGGGGAGAGGCCGUUCAAGUGCGAAAUGUGCCACAAGAGGUUUCAGUUCAAGAGCACGUUGAAGGUCCACCUCAGAGUGCACACGGGGGAACAGCCCUAUGAGUGUGAAGUGUGUGGCAGAAGUUUUGGCUACAAAGUGUCUCUGGUGGGACACAUGAGACAGCAUUCAGGGGAGAAGUUCGAAUGCGAGAUCUGUGGAAAGAAGUUUCUCUCCAGAGCCAUCCGGAAGAGACACAUGUCAAAGACCUUUUGUCAUGAGGUGUCCCUAAAAGUGCACAUGUUAGGACAUAAUGUUGAAAAACUUUGCAAGUGUAAGAAAUGCUGGAAGCGAUUGACUCUGACAGUAGGGGGUCAGUGA